AUGUCUUCGAAAUUGAAAGGUAGCAGAUUGGAAUCUGAGGUAGAUCGCUGUCGCUCAGAAUGUAAUUGGAAGCGUUUAAUGGAUUUGCUACCAGCGAUUCGUUCAAAAAAUAGUGGUAUGGAAAAUUUCGCAGAUCUCAUAGAAGGAGAGCUAAUUCUGGAAUUUUUUGUCGAAAAGCAUGGAGAGCCAAAAAGCGCGAAUUUAGAAGAAUUAUUAUGCUCUGAAAUACUUUUGAACAAAGCUGUUAGUUCUAAUGAUGCUGACUACAAAAAAGCGCUUAAGGAUGUCGAAAAAUCUCGUCUAGAUUUCGCUGAAACUCCGUUUGUUACACUUCGUGCUCUUCGUUUAGUUGCAGAAGCAUAUGCUGUUAAAGGAUUUUCGUUGGAAGCUUCAAUGUGCUAUAUGAACAAACCAUCAGAAACUCAGUUGCGCGCAUUGUUUUGUUUUGAGAAAUCUGCUGAGCUAACUAUUUCAUAUGUUCAGGAACUUGAAAAAUCAAUUAAUGCUAGCUCAAGGGAACUUCUGGAAUCAACAUUGGAACGUGUUCCUCUUUUACAUUUGCGCCGAAGUCUAUGCGAUAGACCGUGGGAUCUUGAAGGUAUUGAAUGGUAUCGAAAAAUAAUGACUUCGUUAGGCGAUAAAAUAGUUGGUGAAAAGUUACAGCAACGCCUUAGUCGACAAUUAGCUGAAGUGCUCAUUCGUGGAAUGCCUGACUCGGAGUAUGUGAAUUCACAAUCUGUUCAUUCAAAAUCUCAGAGUCUCCGAUUUUAUACAGGUUCUAAUAGAAGCUAUUUUGCACCAGCAUCUCGUUUAGAAGAAAUUCUUCUCCUACUUUUUAUUUCUGAGGUACUUUCCACGAAGGAUAUUGUAUUAAGCCAGAUGGAUGAAAUAACUGGCAAUCGCUCUCAUUCACUUCAAAAUGCCAGAUCCGUACAGAAUCUGCUUACUUUAGUACUUUCAACUUUGCGACAAUAUGAAUUACUGGCAAAUGUAUAUGAAAGAUCUAUGAAGUUUGCAAAUGAGGACAAAUAUAUUUGGUUUCAAUUUGCACUGACAUUGCUAUGUCAUGGACGAUGGAUUCGAGCAUCUCGUAUUUUAAAUCACUGUAUAGGACUUGGCGAAAGUGAUAGCAACUCAUUAUUGCAACACAUGCUUGUUGCUUUGACUGAAAUUGAACGCAUUGGGGAUUUUAGUGAAGCUAUGAAAUAUUCGGAGAAUGCUGUCAGAUUGUCGGAAGAAACUUGGUUGUCUGGCCGAUGUCAUUUAUUAUAUGCCAUUUCAACAAGUCUUAAAGCUGAAACUAUAUUACAUUUCAAACGUCGCAAAGAAAUGCAUAAAAAAGCUUUGUCGCUGUUCGAAAAGGCAAUAUCGCUUGAUCCUUAUGAUGACAUGGCUCAUUAUUAUUGUGCUCGCCAAUAUGCUAUUGUGAGGGAUCUGAAUAAAGCUAAAGAAGAGUGUGAACGAGUAUUGGAAUUGAAUCCAGAAAAUGUAUUUGCAAUAAUGUUGCUUGCCCUUAUAUUUACUGCGCAAAAUGAUCUGAAGGCCGCUCUCGAAUUAAUCGUCGAUGCUCUCGACGAGUUCCCUUCGUAUUACACGCUUCUCGUUUUAAGAAUCAAACUUGACUCCAAAUGUGGUCGCGUUGAUGAUGCACUUCUCACAGCUCGUGAAAUGUUUUAUUUUUGGAAACGGCCUGAAAUCUAUGAUUCCACGACUGUAGUUUCUCAAACAGUAAAGAGUAGUCUUCGAGAUAUGCGUGGUUGUACGUUCCAUCCGAUGAGCAGUCGUGAAGCAAUGGUACCACUUGCUCCUAUGGUUACUGCUCCAUUGGGUAUUUUACCGCCUUCGCCACUUACAUCCUCCGCGACUGUCACGAGCAGUGUUACAGAUUUAAAUGAUGGACCUCUUGGUGGAAUAUCGAAUAACUCUGAAUGUUGUGCAGCGCCUUCAUCGAUUUCGGAUGGUUUGUCGGGAUCAAAUGCUGCAGCAUCUCUUUUUAGUCGAUUCCAAUUACAAGCAAAUAUAUGGUUGGAAUUAGUAGAAUUAUUUUUGGAAAAUGGUCGGACUGAUGAUAUUAAAUCAUGUGUGGAAGAGGCUUACUUAAUAUUUCCCAAUUCGUAUCAAGUGCUUUAUUUAAAGGGUCGUUUAUUGGCUGUUCGAGCCAAGCACUGUUCAGAAUCGCUUGUUUGUGAGCGUUUGCGAAUUGACGCCAAAACUUCUUUUCUCGGUGCUCUUGCCAUAGCUCCAUCUCAUAUUCCUUCACUACGGCAUUUAGCUGACAUUUAUCGCUCUGAAGGCAAUAUUCGCAUGGCAGAAAAAAUGUUAAAAGAUAUAAUCAGUCUAGAGCCGUUGAAUCGAGACGUUUGGCACUUGUUAGGAAUUGUCUUGGCAGAAGGAAAACAACAUGAAGAGGCCAUUGAAUGUUUUAAGAUCGCGUCUUCUCUUGACGAAUCGACUCCUGUUGUACCUUUUACAUGUCUUCCUGUCCUUAUUCGAUUUUCUUGA